AUGAGACCGCAAUCUCCGAAGAUCCUACAAACCCAAACUAUCGCCACAACUCGCCUAAUUAGUUCGCCUCUCAGAGAUACACGCUAAGAUUCAUGUAGUAGACUGGCCAAACUCACCACCUGCUAGACUAGACCAAAGGCUACAAUUACUACUUUAACGUAAAAACCGGCCAUUGAAACCAGAACUGUUGUUCUCUGUUCAGAUAAAAAGUGUUAAGGACAUGAAAAUCUCAUAGAACAAUUAAUAUAAGAUAAUAAUAAGUUAAAUUAACGUAUAUAUGAGUUAGAACACCAAAUUGAUAAGUAUGAUGGCGAAUAACAAACUUGGAUGAGUACAGCUAUCGAAAUAGAGAGUAUGAGAAAGUUGCUAGAAGAAACUCAAAGGAAUCAUCAAGAUGAAGUUCAACAUCUGAUUUCUGAAAUUUAUAAUCUCGAUUCUAAAUGUCGAAAUCAAGAAGAUUAAAUUAAGGCUCUCACGACUGUGUAACAAAAUCUAGAAGCAGAUUAUAAAGCCCUGUAAUAGGAGAUAGAAAGAUAAUAAUUCGUAAUUCAAGAUAAAGAUGAAUAAUUACAAUCUUAAGAAUACAGAAUAAAGGAUUAUGAGAAGUAGUUGCAAGUUGGAGAAAAUGUAAUUGAAGAGAGAAAUUCUCAGAUUUCUAUGUUAUUAGAUUAGAUUAAAUAAUAUGAAUAAGAAUUUGGCUCAUCAAAUAAUGUUAUUCACUAAUUCAAAUAAGAGCUAGCAUAGAAGGAUAUAUAAAAUCAACUUUUAUUGUUAUAAAAAGAUUCCUUAAUCUCUAAUUAUAGAGAGAACCUAGAUCUUUUAGAAUAAAAAUUACAAUAGAAUUAGCAACUUGAUGCUUAGAGAAUUUAAUAAUUAGGAGAACUCGAAAGUUAAAAUUAGGGUUUAAAUAAGUAAGUUGAAGAUUUAAAAUUACAAUUAUAGGAUCUAUUAGAAAAAAGUAAUCAUUUAAAUCAAUAAGUAAUUUUCGAUGAUCAAGCAAAGUCUAAUCUCUUAAAUUCUGCAGAGAAUCAGACGACACAAUUAGAAUUCUAAUUUCAAAGUUAAGCAGAUGAAAAUGAAUAAAGAAAUUAAGAACACCUGUAAAAUUUAUAGUAAGAACUAUAUCAAACCAAAUAAGAAGUUGAAGAGAAAGAUAGUUUAAUAUUGUCUUUAAAUGAAUAAGUUGCUAAUCUCACUUCUUAAAUGAGAGAAAAAGAGGAAAAGUUAGAAUUACUUCAAUAUGAAGUGGCAUAAUAAUUUGCCUAAAUAGCUUAAAAUAAUAAUUAAGAAUUAUAUAAUUACUUGAUUAUCAAUGAAGAGUUAAAACAUGAAUUGUAGUUAAGGCUUGUAAAAGAAAAGUCUAUUCAAGAAGAUUUAAAUAACGAACUAGAAAAUAAUAAUCAACUAUUAACAACCAUAUAAUAAUUGACUGUUAACAUUGAAAAAUUAGAUAAAUCAAAAUAUAUCUUAAGUAAUGAAAUAGAAGGAUACAAAUAAUAAAUUGAUGAUUAAAAGUCUUAAUUUUAAAUAGAAACUCAAAGGUUAUAAGGUCAAGUGUAGAUAUUAUAAGAAUAGAUUUCAGACAUUUCAAGGGAAAAAGAAGUUGCAGAGAAUGGUGAAUUCUAGCUAAAAUAAGAAAUAAAUUCAUUAUAGUAAUGUUUGUAAAAAUCUAAAAGAGAAGAAAAGUUUGUAGAUGGUAAUUAAGAAUUGCAAGAGUAAUUAGUGCUUCAAAGUUUGGAAGUCUAAAGGCUUUAACGUGAAAAUAACAAUUUAAAAGAGAAGUUGUCAUAAUAAUCGGAUGAAUUCUAAAAACUGAAUCAAGAAUAAACAUAAAUAAUUGAAAACAAUUAACUAUUACAAGACGUUUAGGACAAAUAAAUUGAAUAAUAGGAAAUCAAAAUAUAAGAAUUAAGCAUUCAAUGUGAAACACUGCAAUCAGAUCUAAAAUAACAAGCAGAGCUAAAUGAUGAAUUGAAGAAGAAAAACUAGUUUUCAUAAGUUUAAAUAUCCCACUUAUAAGAAUUAGAAUCAUAAUUGAGAUAACUAAAUGAAUAGAUUAAUCAAUAAUAAAAAAUUCUAUAACAAGAGUUAAAUAAUAAAAGUGAAGAUGAGAAUACGCUUAAAUUUAAACUUAAAACUUUAUUAGAAGACAUUAAAGUUAAGUAAAUGUAAUUAGUAGAAUUAGACAGAUAAUUAUAAUUUACAGAAUAGGCUAAUUAAAGUCAAUAAAUAAGUUUAGAGGAGAAGAUUAAUUAUCUUUAAAAUGAAGUGGAAAUGUGGAAAGAAAAGUUCAUUAUUUUGAAUAGAGAUUAUCACAAGGUUUAAGAGGAGUUAAUGAUGGUUUAAGCAGAAUUUGAAGCAUUCAAUAAGAGAGGAUCAGAGAUUAAGAAUAUUAAGGAAUCUACUUACUUUGAAGUCAGAAAAUCAUCACUGUACAAGGAGAAUAUUGAUGUUAAAGCGAGUUAAACUUCUAUAGGCAGACUUUUCAAAGAAAACAUUUGA